AGCCAUAACAAAACAUGGAGAAGACUGGCACAGAGAAAUUGACAAACUUGUCAAGAAACCUAAAGCGGAAGUUGAUGAGAUGAAAAAGACACAGUUACAAACUCUACAGAAACAUCUGGAUGAAAUAAAGAAGACAAUGUCUGACAUCAAGGAUGAAAUCAUUUCAGUUGAUGUUGCAGUGGAUUCUAAUGACAUUUCUAAACUAUUCAGUGUAACAUCUGAUAUGAAGACACAAAUAUAUCUUCCAGAAAAAAUAAUACCAUCUUUGCCGAAAUUUACACCUAGAAUAAUCCAAGGCACAGAACUUGGUAAACUGUUUGGAGCCUUAUCAUCAAGUUCUUUAACUUCAGAUAAACAUGGCUACAGCAUGAAGACAACGCAGAAAUCACCAGAAGCUAGAUCCUCUCCUCCAGUCAAACAGCUGCUUGAUGAACCAGAGACUGUCAUCACCAUAGACACUGGGUAUGGAGGCCUUUACAAUGUGGCAUGUCAUAGUGAUAAAGAAAUCUGGACAAGUGGACCUGAAAGCACCAUGAAACUCUUUGGCAUCAAUCAGGGAUCACUACUCAAGUCAAUCAGAACCAAGUCUGGAUUCUAUCCAUCUAACAUAACAGUGACAAAAAGUAGAGAUCUAGUUUAUACUGAUCACAAUGAAAGAACUGUGAACAUUGUGAAGAAUGAGAAGAUAGAGGAGGUGAUCAGACUACAGAACUGGAUACCUCGCGGUGUCUGUAGUACCUCCUCUGGUGACCUCCUGGUUAUCAUGGACAGUGAUUACAAACAAACAAAAGUUGUCCGUUACUCUGGCUCCACAGAGAAACAAACCAUUCAGUUUGGUGAUAAAAGUAAACCUCUCUAUUCACCAAGUUCUUUUUAUCUAAGAUGCAUUACUGAGAGCAGGAACCAGGAUAUCUGUGUGCCUGAUGAUAAAAUUAAUGCAGUAGUGGUGGUCAAUCAGGCCGGGAAACUGAGAUUCAGGUACACUGGACAUACUCCUGCUCCAAAGAACAAACCAUUCAGUCCACGAGGAAUCACCACAAACAGUCAGAGUCACAUCCUUACAGCUGAUAUUAACAAUGACUGUGUCCACAUCAUAGACCAGAAUGGACAGUUCCUCCGUUAUAUAGACUGUGAACUGAGUUAUCCCUGUGGACUGUGUGCAGAUACAAAUGACAAUCUGUUGCUGAAUAUAGUAACAAACAAGUAAAGAAAAUCAAAUAUCUGCAGUAAAGCUAUAAUUAA